GAAGAGACAUAGAACAUGCCAUUUCCGAAGUCUGUAUAACUUGUGAUUUGCUGCGUAAGUGUAGUAAAGAAAACGACAGGAAUUCCAAUUCUCCGCCGUUCUUGUGAGUCAUGGAGCUGUUCGCUCUACCAUUGUGUGCUAAAAGACUUCCAGCUACCUAGCUUAUUUAAAUUCGGUAAUUUUAAGGCUUGUUCAAUUAGCUAACGUGCUUUUCACCACAAGAAAUGGCUCAGACUAUUGCUCUUUAUGGGUUGAACCGAUUCCUACAAAAAGGGGUUUAUCUUGAAUUCCAAAAUUACUCUUGUAACUAAUAACCUUUGACUGAAAUGAGUGUAGAUUCAAGACAGCUGCCGUUUUCACAGUGAAGACUGACACGGAUUGUCUCAGGUAAGUAGCCGUUUUCACACCUUUGAUGAUAACCUUCGAUUGAAAUGAGUGUAGAUUCAAGACAACUGCCGUUUUCACAGUGAAGACGGACACGGAUUGUGAAAACAGCCCGCACUGCAAGCUCCUCAUUACAGUCAAGGGAGCAACUGCUUUGUUCGGUAAAUCUUCGUGGAAACGGCGAAAAAGGUUUACGAUUCUUAUCGGCUAAUCAGAAACACGACAGCUUCAAGUCAUCAGGAUACACUGCUGUAACCUAGCAACCGUUCCGCUGAAAACUACCGGCGCAGGUGGCUCUUGAAGACGACCGCAAAAGCAGCACACCAUCAUAAGAAUCAGAAUUAUAGUUUCCACUAAAUGUUCUUCACUUUAAUACACUUUCCCACUUUGUUAACUUAAACUUCAUUUUGGAUCACUUAUAGUUAAAGGGCCACUGAGUUCGCGCCAUCUUUAGUCAUUUAAUAAUGCAUAGGGGAAAAAACUGAAAUAAUUACCUAGGGCAGAAAAACACCAAAGAGGCAAUGAUAAAGCAAUAACCGUCGAAGCUGCUACAAAAUGAGCGCUCGUUCAAGUAACAGGUGUAAAUGUUUCUAAGCAGCUGUAACAUUUUAACGAACACUUUUUGCACCGUUUUCGAAAGCGCUUUCCAAUGAACUGCGUUACAGUUUGUAACUGUCAAAAAGGAAAUAAAAGUCGAGUGUCAUUCGCAACCUACCUAAAUCUCAUGUUAUCAUCUUGAUCAUCCUAACUACGUUUUGUUGUUAAUCCUUCCGUUCAAACAAAAUCCCAGUAAUCUGCUUUCAACCUUCGUGCUUUGAUGCAUUUUAAAAGCGUCUGAUUGAAAAGACCGAUAUAUAAAAACAGUCGAAUUCUCCACCUUUGGAAAAAGAUACAAUCGACUGAAAAAAAAAACGAGAAAAACCGAGAAAUCAGAAUUGAAAAUUUGUUCGAAAAGAGUUGCCUUCGGUACAUCAAAAUGAUUUCUACAAAUACUAAGUGUAUUAACGCAAUAGUGAGCAAAAAAGUGUGCAGUAGAAAAAUUUAGUGACAUAACAACUGUAAUAACUCACUGCAACGAAAAAUCAUCACUUUGCAUUUUCAUAAACGUCUUGAAAUGCAGCUUGCGACGUAGCAUACUUUCAACAAUGUCCUGGUUGCCAGGACUUCAAGAUCACACUAUUGACUUAAACGCAAGCUAUGACAUCGUUCAAGAAUAAUUCCUAACAAAUUUGACCUUAAAACUCCUUAAACAUGCCUUUAAACUGCGGAAAAACUUCGAACAACGCCAGAAAUGCACUGAGAAAAUUUGGUCGAUAUGUGCCUGGAUUUCGACGAACAUCGCAUGUUUGCAACUGGAGAACUUUUCAAGUACUCUUCGCAACACUGCUUAUUAUUGCUACGUUUCAUGUUUUUUCACAACAUCAAUUUGAAUUUACCGACUCAGUGGCCAGAUUUUGGAUCAAUGUUGUUUACAAACAGACGAAGUGCAACGACGUUAUUCGACAAAUGCGGAAUGGAAAAUGGCGACCACGCCACGAUCUUCGAUCCGAAGAUGAACUUCACAGGAGAGAACAAGACUUAAGGAUCAGAAAGCUCCGAGGAUUACCGAUAACGUUACACAGAGAAGACAUGCAUUGUGGAAACAUGUUCCCAAUGGAAGCACCCGAUUUCGGUGCAGCCAUUCCCUCUCUGUGCGACCCCUUCAGUUCAUCUCCAUGUUGCAAUCACGUGUCUGCUACGUGCGGAUCAGGAAAGGAAAACUGCGUGUGCGACAGAUGCACGGAUUUUAGGACCACGGUAGUCGCGGAGCUGACCGAAUUCGUUCCUUCUUCUGGAUGCCAGUUUAAAAACUUCACCAGCAAACAAGCUUGCCAAUUGUUGUCUCAACAAGUUUCAAGUGUCGAGUUAAUCGGUGAUUCUUUAGUAAGGCAUUUCCAUAAUGCACUGAUCAUAUUAUUCACCGACGACAGAGAAACUGGUUGUCUAGUCAAAGACAUCGACGAAACACACAGAAAACUAUGUUCAGGCGACAUCCAAUUUGUAGACGCAGGUAAAGUAGCUUGUCAUGGCAAAACCGCUAAAAACAUCUCUCAACUGCCGCCAGGGAAAUUUUGCCUUGGAAAGCACGAGUUCGAGUAUUCUUUUCACGAAUUUUAUAGCAUGAAAUACGCCGAGUUGGCGCUCAGCAAGGUCCGCGCAAAACUCAACAAGACAAACUCUGUGAUUGCUCUAGGAGUUGGGCUUCACAUGGGGUUAGAUGCUAACAAAGUAUUCACUGGUUACCUUAAACCAAUGGUACAGCUGAAAGAUCAAGCAGCAAGCAAAUGGCCGCUUAUUGUGUGGCUCACCACGCAUGCGCAUGGGAGCCUUAAACCGACCGCGUACCUUGAAUCUCAAGGCAACGGGAAAAUAUCUCGGUUUAACAGCGAUAUGAGGGAGUUUCUUGAACCCAUCGGUGUUCCUGUGUUUGACACUUUUAACUUAACCUUUGGAGUUCACAGUUAUGACGGCACACAUUAUGGUUUUGGAGUGAACAUGAUGAAGGCUCAGCUAUUUAUGAAUUUUCUUGAUGAGACGUUUCAGCAAAAAGGGUCUUAACCCUUUCUAUGACAAAUGAUAGGUUUGCUCUAAUACCGUAAGAAUCAAGGAGCUGAUCAAAAUGUCCUCACCUAAAACAAAAUUGGACGCUUUCAUCUACAGCCUUGGCAACAAGGGUUGGCAAACGUCAUACUAUACGCAUUUUGCCCCUCCCCACCCCUGUGCAAUGUUGACAAAACACUUUCAUGUGACCAUUUUCCAACAUUGAAAGGGGGAAUGGGGGUGCUGACACGCGUCUGGAAGACGUCAUAAACGUAUCAUUUUAAACGACACGGUCCGUUUGCAAUAACUGAAUAUAAGCUCAAGACCAUAAUAUAAAGUUCAAUAAUCAGCUACCACACAUAACGACAAGAACAAAAAAAAAUG